CAACGUCGAGACUCCGUCGCGUCCCUUAUCUCUCGCACCCUAGCGCGUCGCAUCGCAUCGCAUCUGCCCUAAGGUACUCAGAUAUACUUGCUCCGGGUGCUUUCUGCGUCUGCAAGCCUCAGCCCACCGCCAUCUAUCACAUCUCGUGCGCUGUAAGUUUCCACUUGCUUCUUCUAGAACCCAAUUUCCUGUUCUCCCAUCCCUUGUUUGCUGUCUUCGCCCCCUACCAGUCAGCCUUAGUCAUCUUUCUUCAUUCGGCCAGUCGCCUCUGACUCAUGUGAUACCGCAGUUGUUUGAGCCACCAGCAGUCCAACAAAGGCUUCCUUCUUUUUCCUCUCAACAUCACUCCAUAAUGGCUACUCAGACUCCCACUUCCAGCAUCGCUAUGGCCCUUGCCGGCAAGACGGCCUCUGUUGAUAUCCCUAAACCGCGAUCCGGUCACCUUUCCGCUGCCCACGCCUCUCGCGCCGGACGCUCUAGCCUGCUCCCUACUCCUCCAAACUCCAUCUCCCCUAACCUUGCCCCGCAUGGAUUCGGUGCUCGCGACGCCAGUCUUCUCCUGUCACCUCCCCUCGCCGCAUCGCACGUCGACUCAGAUAUCGACCUUGGCGACGCCGCUGACCAUGCGGACCAUCAUCAAAACAACGCGACUGGUCCCAGUCUUGAGGCCGCUGGGGCAAUCACUCCAGGCAUGCUAGCCAGGUAUCAUCUCCCUGAGAUCUUGCUGCAACAUGGCCCCUUGGCUAUCCGCCAUGUGAUGGGCUACUUGACAACAUCUGUCCCUGGUUUCUCGGGGAUCCCCCCUGCGAAAGCUAGGAGAUUGGUCGUUGCUGCCCUUGAAGGUCGGGGGAACGACGACAAAGGCAACGCGUCGUCGCGCGAUGUCGUUUACGAGAAGGUUGGAUGGGGCCGCUGGGAUGCGCGGCGUCGCGGUGACCCGUCGCGCGACUCUCAGAGACACGAAAUGUCGCCUCCCUCCAGCCUCUCCGAUACAUUCCAACGGAGUAUGGUGAUUCCUAGACGGGAUAGCUUGCAGCCAUAUGGUUCGAGCGUGGCCGGUGAAUCGGCUGUGUUCUCGUUUACCGAAACAGGAUUCGGUGGACGCGAAGAUAUGCUCGAGCACGAAGCGGACAAAAUGUCUCUAGAUGGCAUCGACCGCGACUACUGCUCUUCCUCCCCUGCUCCAGACGACGAAAUUCAAGAUGAAGACUGGGGCGAGGAAGAUGUUACAGACGAGGAGGACUGGGCGCAGAUAGGCGCAGCUGAGUUGCGCGCGCGCUCCAUGAAUGGAGGAGGUGGAUUCGUGAACGGAAGACACCCGCCACCACUCCACGGCGGGGGACCCGCAUCGUCUUCGCUCGCAAAAUCGGCACCACGCGGUGUUCCCAUUCAGCAGCUAGGCUUCUCUGUUCCCAACAGCCAGGAACGGGCUGCAGUCGAAGCUCUUUUGCGUCUUGGGUCUAUGUAAUACCAAUUAUCAUUGGCGGCGUUUCGGAAGCAGGUUUAUUCACUUCACCUGCGUCAUUU